AUGAUUAGAGUGGCCGCCCGUGUCCAGCGCCUUUCUUGUGCAGUUAUUUCCACGAUGCUUGAUAAUUUGCGCCGCGCUGGGGAGUCUAGCUCAGUUCUGCCUCCAGGUUGGGAGGUAUAUGGGCUGGCACUGUCUUCGUGGAUAGAAGACUAUCGUGUUUAUCGCGCGAUCUGGGUCUUGCAAGUAUAUUCCGACCUUCAUCGCGCCACGGCUUCUGAGCCCGUGGAGCCGAACAACUCACAGGAAUUAUCCUGGGGCGGAUGGAGCUGGGAUGAAUCAGAGGUUCUAGAUAUUCCACUCUAUGCCCCGCUAGGCGAUAUCCGACAAACUGUGAGAGAGGAGGUUGAAACAGUUGACCAAAUUCUCCAAGAUUUGGUGACAUCAACGAAAGUCCAUCCACCCCCGUUGGACCUCCACCUUCCCUUCUUCCCUUCCUUGGAGAUGAAAGAGGGAGUAACACACCCGCUAUGGCCUGCGCUACCAAUGCCUACUAUCCAUGGUGUGGAUUCGUGGAAGCGGAGUAAAUCCAGUACCUGCACGGCAGGAAUUCAGCGUCAGGUUUUCCAGGCCAUCAAGAGAAAUUCGACACUGUUCGAAUCAGAUCCUCGUGAGCUUCAGGACCGAGUGCAUAUUCAGGACCCAGUGCCUCUUCAAAAACUGGGCAUUUUCCUGUGGGACAUGUGGGAUGUCUGGAGGCUGACCGCCAUGGGAUAUUGCAAUACCUUGACAAGAACAAACAUCAAAGCCCCGGAUGGUUCUUCUAUGAGCCCGUUCCAGCGGGAAUCAAGAACAAGGCGACCCAAGAGCGGUGGCUUUGGUUAG